CCGCACUUUCCACCACAUCAUGUCUGAUUCCAUGAAGCGAUUAUCGAAGAAAAUAUGACAAGUUUUUAAACACAGCGAACAUAUAAAUUCAAAAAGUGCGAUAACUCGUAUCCAUUGUUUAUGUUUUCUUAUAAUUUAGUACUUAGUUGUGUGUCUCACCGGUACGACACACAGGUUGAAAAAUCGCAAUACUGUAUGUGACAGCGAUAAAUAUAAACAGCGAUUAUAGAUAAUUGCCUGUACAACUAUCGAUCGAGUAGUGCAUUUUUCGGAUCGAUAAGAAAGGAUUUUAAUUUUCUAAUUGUUACCCAACGUACUUUACAUACUUUUAUGGUUGAAGUCGAAUUUAGAAGAGUUUUUGUUAACAGUUUUCUCGGGAGAUAGAAGAAAAAUGCCGUAAGUGGGCGAUCAAAUUUAAAAUCAAAGGAGAACCAUAAAGAUUGCGAAGUAACUUUUAAAUCAUGGAUAAAAGUUUAGAUAUAAAAAAUCACACAUCCUAUUGUAAUUACGGUUUCGAUACCAAAGAUGAGUUAGAUAUUGAAAGCAGUAAUCCGAAGAAAUCGUUGAAGAUAGUGGAACAGGAAAAUUUGUUGAAAAAAGAAAAAUGGUACAGCAUUCUAACUCAAGUGAGCGUUCCGUUUUUCCUUGCAGGAAUCGGAACUAUAGCUGCAGGAACAAUUUUAGCCACUGUUACAAAAUACGAAGUUUUCGAUAAUAUUCGAGCUUUGUACGUUUUGGUGCCAGCUUUGCUGGGUCUUAAAGGCAACUUGGAUAUGUGCUUGUCUUCGAGACUUUCAACGCAAGCUAAUUUAGGCAAUAUGAACGAUAAAAAGGAAUUAGCGAAAAUGGUAAUAGGGAACAUAGUAUUAGUACAGAUCCAAGCGAUCGUAGCCUCUUGUAUCGUAUCAGUAUUUGCGACUGCUGUGUCAGCAGGAAUAAACGGAAACUUCCAAUGGAUCCACACGCUUUUACUAGCCACUGCUAGUAUGUUAACAGCGACAUUGUCCUGUUUUAUUUUAGAUAUAGUGCUAGUGACUGUGAUAAUUACCUCGCAUAAAUUGAAGCUGAAUCCUGAUAAUUUAGCUACUCCUUUGGCCGCUAGCAUCGGAGAUUUAGUAUCUCUGAUUGUUUUAUCUUCGUGGGCGAGAUUGUUGUAUGAUAUUCAUGAUGAAUACCCGUGGUUGAUGGGAAUAAUACUUUCGUUUUACAUUCUUGGACUACUACCGUUGUGGGUAUACAUAGUUAAUAGGAAUGUUUAUACUUGUAAAGUGUUAAGCCAGGGGUGGACUCCGGUCAUUUGCGCUUUAAUGAUUAGCGGCACAGGUGGAUUGAUAUUAGACAUGGGAGUGGACAAAUUCAACGGGUACACCAUUUUCCAACCUAUAAUUAACGGUAUAGGCGGUAAUUUGGUAUCCGUCCAAGUGAGCAGGACCUCCACCAUGCUACACAAGACCUCCAUAUUCGGGCAAAUACCUUCCCUUUCCAAACAAUGGGUUUGCCCUUGCACAGCUUUAAUCAAAGGAGUUUAUCCAGCUAAAACAGCUCGUCUUCUCCUGCUACUGUCGAUACCCGGCCACACUAUCUUCGUUUUCGCCGCUGAUUUCUUCUACAACGGCGUGUCUACAGUAACGCCGGUUUUCGUCGCUGUUUACCUGCUAGUUGGCCUCGUCCAGUUGGUAUUCCUGUUGUACGGCAGCCACAUUUUGGUCCACACUAUGUGGAGGUACAAGAACGAUCCGGACAACUCGGCUAUUCCCUAUUUGACGGCCCUGGGCGAUUUGAGCGGAUCCGGCCUGCUGUUGCUUGGAUUCAUCUUCUUAAGGCAAAUAAAUUGGGAGUAUACUCCAGUCAGAUGAUUCUCUUCUCAGUGGAUUGUACAAUAUGCAGGUUGAUUUGUACGAAAACCACUUCACCGUAGUUGACUCAUUAUAGUUUAAUUAAGAAGUCUUGUAAAUAUCGCGAAAAUAUUAAAUUUUAUUUUCUUAAUAAAGCCGACCGAAUUCA